AGAGGCAGUGAAGUAUAUCCAGGAAAACUUGACAGCUAAUGUUGAUGUCCUUGGUCGUGAGUGCUUUAUUAAUGCUGCCAAGACAAGCAUGUCCAGCAAGUUGAUUGGAGCGUAUCCUUUUCUUGAUGCAAAUUUCUUUGCGGAGAUGGUGGUGGAUGCAGCUGAAGCAGUUAAGGUGUCUGAUGGGAAAGGGUCAUUCAAAUAUCCUAUAAAGGCUGUGAAUGUACUUAAAGCACAUGGCAAAAGUGCCAGGGAAAGCAUUCUGGUGAAUGGUUAUGCCAUCAACUGCACUGUUGCAUCCCAGGCAAUGGUGAAGAAGGUCACAAAUGCCAAGAUAGCAUGCUUGGACUUUUCUCUCCAGAAAGCCAAAAUGAAACUUGGAGUGCAGGCAAGUGUUGUGUUAGUGAGUGACCCUGAAAAAUUGGAAGCAAUUCGUGAUCGAGAAUCCCACAUCACUAAGGAAAGAAUAGAAAAGAUUCUUGCAUCUGGUGCAAAUGUUAUCCUCACAACUGGGGGCAUUGAUGAUCUCUGCUUGAAGUAUUUUGUGGAGAAUGGUGCAAUGGCAGUGAGGCGAUGCAAGAAAGUGGACCUGAAGAGGAUUGCCAAGGCAACUGGGGCAACACUCUUGGCUUCACUUGCCAACCUUGAAGGCGAGGAAAGCUUUGAGGCAUCUUCCUUGGGUGAAGCAGCUGAGGUCAUUCAGGAGCGUAUCUGUGAUGAUGAACUCAUUCUGAUUAAAGGGACUAAGGCACGGACAGCCAGUUCCAUCAUUUUACGUGGUCCCAAUGAUUUUUAUUGUGACGAAAUGGAGCGUUCAGUCCAUGAUGCCCUGUGCGUGGUGAAGAGGGUCAUGGAAAGCAAGACGGUUGUGGCUGGAGGUGGUGCUGUUGAAUCUGCACUGUCCAUCUAUUUGGAGAACUUUGCCACUUCUCUUAGCUCCCGGGAACAGCUGGCAAUUGCCGAGUUUGCACGUUCCCUUUUGAUCAUUCCCAAGACCUUAGCUGUGAAUGCUGCUCAGGAUGCCACAGAUCUUGUGGCCAAGUUAAGGGCAUAUCAUAAUGCAUCACAAACAAAGCCAGAGAAGGCUAAUCUGAAAUGGUUUGGGCUGGACCUGCUGGAAGGAGUUGUGCGAGACAACAAGAAAGCUGGUGUCCUGGAACCCACCAUCUCAAAGAUCAAAUCGCUAAAGUUUGCCACAGAAGCUGCCAUCACGAUCCUUCGCAUUGAUGAUAUGAUAAAGUUGGACCCUGAGCCUGGUGAAGAGAAGUCAUAUCCUGGCCAUGGUGGCAUGGAUGAUUAAGAGUGCAGUUCAUACCUGGAAAUGCUUAAUUUCGUUUUUCUUCAUUUACUACCAUUCAAUCCGAGAGAAACGUGUAAUUGAGAGCUUUGCCAUUGGAAUAAUAAAAUUCUCUUUUUUCCAUA